AUGUCUUUAAGCAAUCAUCCUAAAGCUUAUGGAUCUGCAGCCCUUGCGGCGGCCUUUGCGGCUGGCGUUCUCUUGACGCUGGGCUUCAAAGAUGUCUAUCCGGAUCUCCAAAGGAGGUACGACUCUAUUCGGAGGAGACAACCUGCUUCUUCGUCUAGUUUUCGUCAUGGAAGCAUAUCUCUGCCUCCUGUGAAGCUUGAAGAUCACUCGAGAAGCACAAGACAAUCUACGAUUGGGUCGCCAAUUCCCGAGGGCAUCGAAGGAUGCAUUGGCAACACGCCUCUCUUCAAGAUCAAGAGCUUGUCCGAAGCUACAGGCUGUGAAAUUCUUGCCAAAGCCGAAUUCCUCAAUGGUGCUGGAGGGAGUCCCAAAGAUAGAGUGGCUUUGAACAUGAUCAAGAUGGCGGAAGAAGAUGGUCUGCUGACCCCUGGGCAAGGGGAUACGAUUUAUGAAGGCACAGUUGGCUCAACAGGAAUCUCUCUAGCUACUUUGGCCAGAGCGAAAGGCUACAAAGCUUACAUAUGUAUGCCCAAUGACCAAAGUACAGAGAAAUCGGAUUUGUUGCAUCAUCUAGGCGCCACUGUAGAGCGAGUCACGCCUGCUCCUAUUACAUCCACUGGGCACUUUGUCAAUCUUGCAAGGACAAGGGCGAGAGAUCACACAGCUUCGGGAGAGGAUGAGAGUAAAGGGUUCUUCGCCGAUCAGUUUGAAUCUCUUGCCAACUAUCGGGCACAUUUUCAGACCACGGGUCCAGAAAUCUAUCACCAAACUGAGGGUCAGGCAGGUUGGCUCUCACCCUCAAAAAGUGUUAUCGAUGCAUUUGUCGCUGGUGCUGGAACUGGAGGCACAAUAUCAGGCAUAUCUCUGUAUCUCAAGCAAGAAAUGGGCAUGGGAAAUCUCAAAGUCGUCUUGGCAGAUCCAGAAGGCAGUGGCUUGUACAAUAAAGUCAAGCACGGAGUCAUGUUCUCAAAUACCGAGAAAGAAGGGACCCGGCGACGGCAGCAGGUCGAUACUAUUGUGGAAGGCAUUGGCAUCAAUCGACUUACGGAGAAUUUUGAAGCUGGGAGGGAGCUGGUUGAUGAUGCUGUGAAGGUCACGGAUUUGCAAGCGCUGAAGAUGGCUAGAUGGCUGGUGGAAAAGGAUGGUAUAUUUAUAGGAAGUAGUAGCGCCAUCAACUGUGUUGCGGCGGUAGCCGCUGCUCUUCAGAUGCCCAAGGGAAGUCGUAUUGUUACUAUCUUGUGUGAUAGCGGGACCAGACACCUGAGCAAAUUUUGGAAGAGAGUUGGGGAGCAAGGAUUGGAGGACGAUGAAGAGACUGAUCUCCUUGGGCUCUUAGACCUGUCUGAGGGUUGA